CCCACAAGAGCGUGGUGGUGGUGGUGGUGGAGGUGUUUGGAGUUUGCGUUGAAACAAGAACACGGAGGGCCAAAGUAACUGUGACCACCUCGCAACCUUGUGGGCCACCAAAACACGCUCCAGCCCGCAGAUUUACAAUGAAAUAUACUUCGAGGUUUGCUCAGAGGACGUAGCAGUUGACGUUAAAGUGACUUUUCGAAACUGGAGCUGCUUCCUUGUUCGACAACCGGGUGAAAUAUCUCAACAUCCUCACAAAGAAACUUUGCUUGCUAGGCUGCUAACUCGCACACAAGCCAGAAAAAAAAAAAAAGUAUGAUCACCGGCAAAGACUUGAUCACAAGCUGUUAGUAACGUCUCGUCUGUCAAGCUAAGUGUUGCUGGUAGACGUAGCUACUUGGAAAGGGUAUUUAUAUGAGUCGAGCCUGACUUUUGUAACGGUUUUGAGUAGUCAUCAUCACCAGAGGAGGAAGAGUUGCAGCUGGUGUCUUGGCCAGCCACUACCAGCGUUUCCACAGAGCGCCCCCACAUCUCUCCCAGGCAGGACAUCCACUGCUAAUUUUCAGCCAGCGAGGCGCUGAGUGGUCCCAGGUUUGUCACUGGAAAGAUGUCUGGCCGAAGUGGAGUUGGACAGACCCGGGGAGCUGCUUUGGGUCCACAGCCCCUCAAGGCUACCAUCCCCUAUCAGCUGGCCAGCAAGCCUCGAACACACCGGAGAGAUGGAAAGCCAGCUGCAAAGGCCAAAGUGCACCAGCUGAGCUCUGGCAUGAGGCGGACCAUGUCUCUCGAUGCCAUCAUCGGGCCGUACCUGCAGGGACACUGGCCGAAAGAACCAGAGGGCCAGAGCAGCCACUCUCGCAAGGACAAAUCCACUCAGACCCCAGACUCGUGGUCAGACAACACCCAGAGCAGGAGAGGAAGCAGCAGCCACAAACGUUCAGCAUCAUGGGGCAGUGCUGAGCAUCUGCGAGAGAUUGCUAAACUAAAACAACAGCUGCAGCAGCGCAACAAAUCUGCAGUCUCGUGGGGGCAUGACAAAGACUGCCAGCGAGGCUAUCCUCAGCGGAGCUGUAGCCUAGGAACUACUCAGACUCAGCCAAUUCCCAUCCCUCUCGCUCCCUUGUCUACACUGGUCCCUCGACUGCGCUGUAGCGUGGAAGGCCUCAACCAGGAGCUGGAAGGCAUGUUCAUCCGCCAACCACCGCAUACUCAGCACAGGCUCCUUGAGGUUCCAGAUGGUCACCGGGCCCCGAUCCCUCCGCAGAGCUGCAGCAGUGGUUCUCAGAGUGACCCCGCCACCACACCCUUGUCCUCAUCCUCCACCUCCCCCUCACCUUGCUCCUCUCCCAACAACAUCUCCACCUCCCUGCCCAACUCUGAAGAUGCUGCUCUGGACCCACAUCAAGGUGUAAUAGACGGCGCAGAGAUUUGCUUCUUGCCUCCGUUCCCCUCCCAGAAUGAGGCUGACCUCUCCGUGCCUCUGCUGAUCUCCUCCUCCCCAGGGCCCAACAAAAGUUGCUGCUUCCAGAGAGAACCGCCAGAAGGCUGCGAAAAGGUCCGAGCCUGGGAGGAAACCAGCACUCCAUGCCAAUCGAAGACGGCCCUCAUCUCCUCUUGCCCGGACCCCAAUAAGGUAAACUUCACCCCCCACGGUGGCUCUGCCUUCUGCCCCGUCAGCCUCCUGAAGCCCCUGCUCCCCUCCAUGGACCUGUUGUUCCGCAGCCUCGCCGUCUCUCCAGCAGGCAGCUGCUUGAGCCAGGGAACAAGCUCCUGCCAGGGAACGUCCUCUGGCAACCGGUCUACAGCUGCUGCUCCAGAUCCUCCUUCCACCGCCGCCGCCGCUGUCAUGGGAGAAAGCUCUGGGGAGGGCCUCGCUUUCUGAUCACACCUGCAGAUCUUUUCUGUGGAAAUGAUUGUGCAUAAUGCAAAUCUUUC